AAUAUGACUUCUUCCUACAGCAAUAAUUCUGCGAAUAAUUUCACAAAUGGUAUGGAACACGAUCCACAAUUUUACCUGCAUGGUUCUAAAUAUCCGGAAUACGAAAGUUAUUCUCACCAGUAUACGUCGCCGUACUCACGGUAUCACCAACCGUACAGUUCAGUCCGUCUCGACGUACCCUGCACUUUGACUCCCCCGCAACCGGACAAGACACCACCGUAUGAUCUCACAUGCCUAGCCGGCACCCCUAGAUACGGCCACAUAGCAAACGCGGCUUUAUCUCAACACCCAUUUGAUUCAAAUCACUGCAAUCAAAAUUUUUAUAAUCAACAGGCAGGUGUUGUACAAUAUAGGACAGAUUUAAUAAAUAAUGGGGAUGCCACUGAAACGGGAGACUAUUACAACUGUAAAAUGAUCUCGCCUUCUUAUACCCCGCCGGCUACAAACCAGUAUGAACUUCCUGCUUCAGUAGUUCCACGUGCAUCAGAAAGUAACAACACGAGAGUUGUGGAGUCACCUGCUUUAAGUAGUUCCCCGGCGACUGGACAAAAACAUAUUCCAAAUCCAACGAAAAAUCUCUAUCCUUGGAUGAAAUCACAUGCAGAUUCUAAUCCGGGUCCAAAACGAAGUCGCCAAACAUAUACUCGUUACCAGACUCUUGAACUAGAAAAGGAGUUCCACUUCAACCGGUACUUAACUAGAAGACGCCGUAUUGAAAUUGCCCACACACUGGGUCUUACAGAAAGACAAAUCAAAAUUUGGUUCCAGAAUCGGCGCAUGAAAGCCAAAAAAGAGAAUAAAUUUCCUUCACCAACUUCUAGUUCCAUGACUAGUCCUAUCAAUCAAAUUAAUAAUCAAAAUAGCAAUUCAUCAGAUGUUCCUGAAUCACUUCACGCCAAAGAAAGUGCUAUGAAUAUCAAUGAGCACCAUAGUCACCGCAGACUCCAAACUAAAGAAGGGCUUCUUUUUAUUCACCAUCAGCGAGAAUCUUUAAUUACUUAACAUACUCUUCCAUUGGCAAUGUUCAUAUCAUUAGCAAUAUGAGUUAGAUUGCUUUGUUUUUUUAUAACACUGCAGGUUUUUGUCAUACUCAGAUUGAAAUGUUUCUGGAAAUUUUCAGUUAAUGUUAUUAGUAUUCUGUGAUGUGCAUAGAAAUGGUAAGCAGGACUCGUGUAAGACUACAUCGUUCGUGAAGCAUCAUUUAUGCAAAAUCAUUACUAAAAGAGAGAAAAGCUGAGUAAAAAUUUGCAUAUAUUCUAGUCCAUAAUUAAGUUAAUUCUUUUAAAAAUACGAACUUUAUUAAAGUAUACUGAUAUUUAUUUAAACAGUUACCUGGAAAUGUAAUGGACAAAACGUAUAACAAUUUAUUGAUUUGUCAGGAAAAAAAAGAAAAGGCAGAAAAAAA